AACCAGUGGCAAGAACUUGAACACCAAGCUCUUAUAUACAAAUACAUGGUAUCUGGCAUGCCUGUCCCUCCUGACCUUCUCUACUCCAUCAGAAGAAGUCUAGAUUCUUCUCUCUCCUCCAAGCUCCUCCUCCACCAACCUCCUCAAUUGGAUUUUGUUGAUGUGAGUGCAGUGGGGUGGAGCUGUUUCCAGAUGGGGUUUGGAAAGAAGAUUGACCCAGAGCCAGGGAGGUGCAGAAGAACAGAUGGGAAGAAAUGGAGGUGCUCAAAGGAGGCCUACCCAGAUUCCAAGUACUGUGAGAGGCACAUGCACAGAGGCAGAAACCGUUCAAGAAAGCCUGUGGAAGUUCUGAGUACAGUGACAUCAACCCCAUCCCAAACACCCCCUAAUGCCAUUCCCUAUUCAUCAUCAUCAUCUUCUUCUUCUUCAAUGAAUAAAAACACAUGUACCCCUUUGCUCUAUACCCAUUCAUCCUCUUCAAGGCCUCAUGCCAUUGCUUUGUCUUCUCAUGGGGACCACACCACCAAUUUCCUCCUAGACUCUGGUCCUUAUUCUAGAAAUGGAUAUGGUCAUGUCAUUAAGGAGGAAGUGGUGGACGAGCAUGUGUUUUUCUCAGAGGCUUCUGGGAGCAUAAGAAGCACAACUGGUUCAAACUCAGUAGAUGAAGACACAACUUGGCAGCUUGCUCCACUUACAAUGGCAUCUUCAUCACCCUUAGGGCAGUUGAAAGAGAGGGACUAUUGUGUGUCUCAUGAUGGGUACUCCUACCUGCAGCUUAAUGAGGCCUCCAGACAUCAUCAGAGACAAGAAGAUGAUUACUAUGGUCUGGGGAGCAAAGAUGAUCAUCAGCCCAAGAAAGUGAUGCACCAUUUCUUUGAUGAAUGGCCCAAAGAAAACAAAGAUUCUUGGCUUGAUUCUGGGGAUAAAUUCUCCACCCAUGGGUCCCACCUCUCCAUCUCUGUCCCAAACUCAUCUCAUGACUUCUUCAUGACCCAGAAUGAAAAGUGAGGAAGGUACAGUGGGGGUGGCUUUGUGUCUCUGAAGCAAAGGCCAAAAGAGUGAUCAAGGGAAAUGGUGGUGGGGGCACUGCCUUUACUGGUCUCUUGCUCUCAGUAAACAUGUUACUGCUCAAUAGCUUGCUUGUGUAAUUUAUAUGGUAGUACUUGAAUUAGAAGUUUGUGUGUGUGUGGAGGAGCAGUGGGAAAUGUCUGACCACUGGCCAAUUCCACAUGUGUUUUGGCCUUUUCUGUUCCACUUUCUUUUUAAUCCCCCAUUCCAACAUUUUCAUGUUUUUUAGUAUUAUUGUUAUGUUUGGAAGGCUCUUCUUGAUGUGUGG